CUGUACCAGCAGUCCCCCUCGCACCCGCACAGCCGACUCAUGGCCGCGCCCGGCUUCAGCCGCUCCUUCAGCGACGUCAGCGCAUACGCGCAGCCCGCCAUGGAGAAGCCGCAGAUCUACACGGCCGUCUACUCGGGCGUGUCGGUGUACGAGAUGGAGGUCAACCGCGUCGCCGUCAUGCGCCGCCGCUCCGACGGCUGGCUCAAUGCCACCCAGAUCCUCAAGGUGGCCGGCGUCGACAAGGGCAAGCGCACAAAGGUGCUCGAGAAGGAGAUCCUCACCGGCGAGCACGAGAAGGUCCAGGGCGGGUACGGCAAGUACCAGGGCACCUGGAUCAACUACCGCCGCGGCCGCGAGUUCUGCAGGCAGUACGGCGUCGAGGAUAUCCUGCGCCCGCUGCUCGACUACGACAUCAGCGCCGAGGGCGGCCAGAGCCAGGGCAUCGAGACGCCCACCAAGGAGCAGGCCAUGGCCGCCAACCGCAAGCGCUUCUACACCCAGAGCAUCGACGGCCGCCCCCAGAGCCAGAGCGUCGGCGGCACCUUCUUCUCCAACAUCUCCUCGACUGCCACCAGCGCCCUCGCCGCCAUGAACAAGGUCGCCCGUCUGAACUCGCCCGCCCCGCCCCGCCCCGCCAGCUCCUCGCAAGGCCGCAGGUCCAUGGCCCGUCCGCUGCAAGCGCCGGGCCCGCUGCAGAGCCAGGAGUCCUUCCGCACCAGCAGCCAGCAGAGCAUUCAGAGCAUGCCGUCGGAGCGCAGCUUCAGCGGCCCGAACGGGCACACUGACUCUGCGUACGGCACGGGCAUGGAUGACGCGCAGGAGCCGCCUAGGAAACGGAUGCGCCCGUCGCAGGAAGACUCGUUCUCGCAGCGUGCGAACGGCGACGAGAUGAUGCGCGACCAUGGCUCGCCCACUGAGCCCAGCGAGUCCUUCUACCAGCACCAGACCGGCCACACCAUCAGCCUCCCCGAUGGCGACGUCCCUACUGCACUGCCACCACUUCCCUACCCGGACAACAAGAUCAACGAGGAGAAGCAGGCCAUGCUGACAGAUCUCUUCGCCGACCAAACCAGGACAGACUUCACAAACCACCCCGCAAUACUACAUCUCUCCGGUGCUGACCUCGAUAUGCCGAUUGACAACAGCUCGAAUACAGCUCUGCACUGGGCCGCGACACUUGCGCGCGUCUCGCUGAUGCGUCUGCUGGUCUCCAAAGGCGCGAACAUGUUCAGGGGGAGUGCCUCUGGACAGACGCCGCUGAUGAGUGCAGUCUCCGUCAACAACAGCCUCGACCACAGCUGCUUCCCGGAGACAUUGGAGAUCCUAGCACCUCUCAUCGAACUCCGCGACACCCAGGGACGGACGAUCCUGCACCACAUCGCCGUCACAUGCGCCAUCAAGGGCCGCGCAGCGUCCAGCAAAUACUACCUCGAAGCACUGCUCGAGUACCUCGUGCGCAGCAACAUUGGCGCCCAUCCGGUCCCCUCCUUCCUCGAAAACAGCAACUACCCCAAACCGAUAGGAUUGAUGAGGUUCAUGCAAGAGAUGGUCAACGCCCGCGACAAGGCCGGCAACACAGCCCUCAACCUCGCCGCCAGGAUAGGGAACCGUAACAUCAUCUCGCAACUCCUCGAAGUGCAGGCUGACCCCACGAUCCCAAACCACAAGGGUACACGGCCGAUCGACUUCGGCGUGGGCAGUGAUCUACACGGCGAUGCAGAUACCGCAAUGUCCGCUGCCAGCCCGUCGAAAGGGAAAGCGCCAUUGAGCAAGGUGGAGGAAACGAGUCGCGAGAUCCAGCCCUUAAUGAACGGCAUCCUUCAGUCAGCAUCUAUGCAAUUCACUCAGGAAGCACGCCUCAAACAGGACCUGAUCGACCAAACCAACUCCACCAUCUCCACCCUCUCCUCGCUCCAGAAAUCAGAACAAUCACGCCUUGAGACUCUGCGCUCGCGUUUACACCAACGCCAGGACCGCGCGAAACGCAUCGCCAACCUCAAGCGCUGGCUAGAACCGCAACGCCAUAUGCUCGCUGCGACAAACGCGGCUACGGACCUGAGUCAGAAGAGGGAUGUUGGAUACGCUGACGCUGAGGGCGCUGGCGUCUUGGUGCAGGACAGCGAUUUGCCGGAAGAAGUCCGUCGCGAAGGCGAGCACCUCAUUCGACAAGCUUCAGGCGGUGCAUCCUACCUCAGCACUCCUCUCUCGCUACCGCCUUCCGCGGCCUUGUCUGCCAAUCUCUCAUCAAUACCCACCAACGUCUUACGACAGCGCAUCGAGGUCUACUGUCAAUCUAAUGCCGCGCUGUUGCAGAGGAGUAGGCAACUCAAGGAUAAAGACGGGCAGCUGGAGGCGAUGUUCAGACAGGUCGUUUGUUUGUGUACAGACGUGCAGGAAGAUCGGAUUGACGAAGUGCUACCGAGUCUUGUCGCGGCGCUGGACAGUGAUCCGCUAGAUGGGGUCGAGGUUGGGCGGGUUCGGGAGUUUUUGAGGAAAGUCGAGGGUGUUGAAGGGUGAGGUGGUGUUGGUGGGGAGAAUGGGAAAGGCAUUCACGUUGCCAGUCAGUGUUUUGGCGCAUGUAUAACAGCUCGGUUGGCUGAGAGAUACUAUACCAACUUUUCAAAUGUUCAUAUAUCGAUACCGU